AUGAGUUUCUCUCUUUUCUCCUCAGAUGUAUCUCCGGCUUCUUCCAGCUCUGGGACACUCAUCCAGUACACCCCCGACUCCGCCACUAGCCCCACCGCAGAGCGCCCCUCUCCCCACCCCUCUUUCCAGAAGGUCAAAGAGGAAGGUGAGGGUGUGGUGAAGAAGGCCAAGAGCCGCACAGCCUUUUCCCAGGAGCAGCUGCAAAUCCUGCACCAGCGGUUCCAGAGCCAGAAGUACCUCAGCCCCCAGCAGAUCCGGGAGCUGGCUGCUGCCCUGGGGCUCACCUACAAGCAGGUGAAAACAUGGUUUCAGAAUCAACGGAUGAAAUUUAAACGUUGCCAGAAGGAGAGCCAGUGGGUGGAAAAAGGGGUGUAUCUACCACAGAACGGGUUUCAUCAGGCUGCGUACCUGGAUAUAACCCCCACAUUUCACCAGGCCUUCCCUGUUGGUGCCAGUAGAAACCUCCAGGCUGUGACCAACGUGCACCAGGCUUACAGCAGUGGCCAGACUUAUGGGAAUGGGCAGAGCCUGUACUCGUUCAUGGCUGUGGAGGAUGAGGGGCUCUUUGGAAAAGAUGGGACAAGCUGCAAUACCCAGCAAGCCAUGGGUUUAUUAAGCCAGCAGAUGAACUUCUAUCACAGCUACCCUGCUGAUAUGGAUUAUGUCAGCCUGGAGUCGGAACACACCUAUGGCUUCCAGAGCACCUCUGACAGCGUCACACCAUUCUCAAGCUCUCCUGUACGGCAUCAGUACCAGGCCCCUUGGCAUCCCCUGGGGACCCAGAGUGGUUAUGAGUCUCAGGUCUAA